AUGUCCAAGCCCCAGGACAGCAGUGCCCUUUUCGCGGCUAUCCGCGAGGCCGCCGACAAGUACCCCAAGCCCGACGGCGUCACCUUCGGCUAUGGUACCGCCGGCUUCCGUACUCUCGGAUCGAAGCUGCCGUCCGUUCUGCUCCGUGUCGCGCUCCUCGCUGUCCUCCGUUCCCAGCGUCUGAACGGCCUCACCAUCGGUGUCAUGGUCACGGCGUCGCACAACCCUGAGCCUGACAACGGUGUGAAGCUUGUCGACCCCGCCGGUGAGAUGCUCGAGCAGUCGUGGGAGGCGUACGCCACGCUGCUGGCUAACUGCUCGACGACCGACGAGCUCAUUGCGGGCUACCAGCAGAUCGCCGAGUCGCUGCACAUCAACGUUACUGCCCCGGCCUCCGUUGUCUACGCCAGGGACACUCGUCCUUCCGGACCCGAGCUCGUGACUGCGCUCCAGACCGGCCUUGAGGCGUACGGUGAUAUUGUCAAGACGAACGACCUCGGCGUCCAGACGACCCCGAUCCUGCACUACGUCGUCAAGGCGGUCAACGACAAGACGGGCGAGUACGGUACGCCGACUGUCGAGGGAUACUACGAGAAGCUUGCGACUGCGUUCAAGACGCUGAUCGGCAACCGCAAGCUGGAGCCGCUGUACGUCGAUUGCGCGAACGGUGUCGGCGCCAUCGCUCUGCAGGACUUUGCCAAGCACUGCGACGUUCUCCCCUUCAAGGCGCUGAACACGGAUACUGAGAAGCCCGGAGCGCUCAACUACCAGUGCGGUGCCGACUACGUCAAGACGAAGCAGGCGCUUCCCCCUUCUAUUGCCGAGUCGGGUAUUCUCACAAAGCCAAACACGCGCGCGGCCUCGUUCGACGGCGAUGCCGACCGUAUCGUUUACUACUACCUGCGUGACGGCAAGACCUUCCGUCUUCUCGACGGCGAUAAGAUUGCUGUUCUUUCCGCGCUCUUCAUCGGUGACCUCGUCAACCGCGCCAAGCUCGGCGACAAGAUCCAGGUCGGCGUCGUGCAGACUGCGUACGCCAACGGCUCGUCGACCAAGUUUAUCAAGUCGCGCAACAUUCCCGUCUCGUGCACGCCGACGGGUGUCAAGCACCUGCACCACGCUGCGCAGCGCUACGAUGUCGGUGUCUAUUUCGAGGCGAACGGACACGGCACCGUUCUCUUCUCUCCCGAGGCCGUGUCGACGCUCAAGUCGGCUCAGCCCAGCAGCCCCGACGAGGCCAAUGCGAUCAAGUACCUCCUUGCGCUCGGCGACCUGAUCAACCAGGCCGUCGGCGAUGCGCUCUCUGACCUGCUCCUUGUCGAGGUCGUCCUCGCCUACCGCGGCUUCACGGCCACGGAGUGGGACAGCAGCUACGAGGACCUCCCGAACCGUCUCGUGAAGGUCGAGGUCCCCGACCGCUCCAUCUUCACCACCACCGAUGCGGAGCGCAAGCUCACGUCCCCCGCCGGCCUGCAGGCCCGCAUCGACGAGGCGUGCAAGAAGGUCGACCUCGGCCGCUCCUUCGUCCGCCCCUCGGGUACCGAGGACUGCGUCCGCGUCUACGCCGAGGCGUCGACGACGUCGGCCGCCGACGGACUCGCCGUCACCGUCUCCGAGCUCGUGAAGGAGGCCGCGGCCAACGUCGCCGCCAAGGCCGCUUAG